CUGAAGGCUUAACGCACACCGACUGACUGUGUCCACAGAGGGAGGAAAGAUUGAGAGGUGUCUCAGGGUCUACCCUGUUUCAUAUUAAGAUAGUGAAUGUAUAAUGUCUUGACAGUCCAAGAACAAGGGAAAUAACUCCUGAUCUAACAGGAACAGAUCUCACCGAAGACAUACACAAUGGCUAGUCUCUUCCGACGAAAACGGGGUCUCAUUUUCAAACUCAUCAUUGGAAUUCCAGCCUUAUGGUUUUUAAUUGUGAUAUUUACAACAUAUCAAGGGAAACUAACUGACAGUGAUAAUGAUGCUGAAAAACGUCAGGAGAGGGGAAUAGUCCACCGGGAAAAGGACAUAGUUCCCCCUCCAGAUAAUCAUAUACAUUUUGGUAAUCAUGAUAAUUUAAGACAUGAUCGAAAAAUUCAUGAAGAAGAGAAGCAGAUCUUAGCCAAUAGAAUUCAAGCAGAUAAACGAGAGAGUGAGUUAAGACAAGCGGAGAAGGUGCGGGCACCUGUCGAGGAAAAUAAAGAUGAUACGCUGAGAUUUAAAAAGAAAGAAUCAUUACCAGAAAGGCCACCUGUAGACCCAAAUGCACCAGGUGAGGGUGGUAAAGCCGUGGUAAUAGACAAGGACAAGUUGUCUCCAGAGGACAAGAAAAAGUUUGAUGAAGGCUGGCAGAAGAAUGCGUUUAACCAGUAUGCCAGUGACAUGAUCUCCCUCCACCGAUCUCUUCCUGAUGUCAGAGAUCCUGAAUGUAAAGACUUGAAGUACCGUGACAACCUUCCCGAUACGAGCGUGGUAGUGUGCUUCCACAACGAGGCUUGGUCCGUUCUGUUGCGUACCGUUCACAGCAUCAUUGAUAGAUCCCCACCCCACCUACUGAAGGAGAUUAUACUUGUGGAUGAUUUCUCUGACAUGGAUCAUCUAAAGCAGCCCUUGGAGGACUAUAUAGCCAAGCUUGAGAAGGUCAAGGUUGUUAGAACAAAGAAACGUGAGGGUCUGAUCCGAGCCCGUCUCCUUGGUUACUCUGUGGCAACAGGAGAGGUGCUGACGUACCUGGACUCCCACUGUGAAUGUGCAGAAGGUUGGCUUGAGCCGCUCCUUGAUCGUAUCGCUAAAGAUAAAACCAUUGUUGUUUGCCCCGUAAUUGAUGUCAUUGAAGACGACUCAUUCAAAUAUCAGUAUGGCAAUGCCAGGGCAACAAGUAUCGGGGGUUUUGAUUGGAACAUGCAGUUUAAUUGGCAUGCUAUCCCCGAUUACGAGCGCAAACGCAGAGAGUACAAAGACUAUCUCCCUGUCAGGUCACCUACAAUGGCAGGAGGACUUUUUUCCAUCAGUAGAGAGUAUUUCACAGAGAUUGGAACCUAUGAUCCUGGAAUGGAUAUCUGGGGAGGUGAAAAUCUGGAACUCUCAUUUAGGGUUUGGAUGUGUGGAGGAACAUUAGAGAUCAUCCCAUGUUCCCAUGUUGGUCACAUCUUCAGAAAGAGAAGUCCCUACAAAUGGAGGACCGGCGUGAAUGUCGUCAAGAAAAACUCAAUCCGAUUGGCUGAAGUGUGGAUGGAUGAUUACAAGAAUUACUACUAUGAGAGAUUUAAUUAUGAUCUGGGAGAUUAUGGGGAUGUCUCAGAAAGGAAAAAACUUCGUGAGCACUUACAAUGCAAAAGCUUUGAUUGGUUUGUUAAAAAUAUAUAUCCUGACCUAUUUGUACCAGGAGAAGCCUUAGCAUCUGGAGAGGUACGCAGCAAGGCCAAACCAAUGUGUAUAGACAGUGCCGUGGAUAACCACAAUUACCACAAGCCUGUCAAUAUGUGGCCAUGUCAUAACCAAGGAGGAAACCAGUACUGGAUGCUGAGUAAGAAUGGUGAGAUCCGUCGAGAUGAUGGAUGUCUGGAUUACUCUGGAGGAGAGAAUGUCAUUGUGUAUCCAUGCCACAGCCAAAAAGGCAACCAGGAGUGGCAAUAUAGAGAGGAUAAUUCUAUAUACCAUGCCAACACCCAGAAGUGUAUGGAGGUCAGCGUAGAUGGUCAGAAACUGACAAUGAAGACGUGUACCGGAAUUGAUCGGCAGAUCUGGCUGUGGAAAAGAAAGUCCCCUAGUGGAAUAGUCAGAAACUAGGGGCAGACAACUUUGGUGUCUGCAGGGCACACAACUACCGAUUGGAGAGUUAUUAUUAGUUACCCACCUUACUAAAGGAAGAGAACUGUCAAAUAUAAUGACAAGGGGGAGUUAACUUUGCAUCAUACUGCUUAAAUUCAUGUGUGAUAAACUAAAUGUUAAAAAAAGUAUUUUUCUAUGCAAUGCAGACAUUAUUUUUUUAUGUAGAGGAGACAAUGUCGCUUUGUUAGAUCUGUGAUUUUUUUCUUUUAUUGAAUGGAGAACACUGAAAUAUGAUGACAUUGCAGAUGUUAUUGCAUUGUGGGUAACAAUAUGUUGUAAGCCAUGUCAUUUUAAAUGACUGUAUGGUUGUAAUUUGUGUUCCAAGAUAAAAAAAAAAAUGCUAAAAAGAAUGUUUAUUUACAAAGGUGUAAAACAGGUAUUGUAAUCGCAUUUAUACAAGAUAAGCCAGGCUUAAUUAUAUAUCAUAAUAAUGUACUUAAAGUUUAUAUCUGAGUCCUCUACUCUGUUUUUUUUUUAUAAUAAAAUCAUGGCAAAUAUGAAUUCACACAGAAUGUUACAUUUCUAGAUAAAAUCAUUUUUUACAAUAUUGAAUAUUAUAUGUGACUAAAAGUUGAUAAUGCAUGUUUGUUGUCACAAAUAUGUGGUACAAGAUUUGUCUUUUGACAUUUAGUCAAGUUCUUUGACAGGUUCUUCCUAGGUCAUUUUGUAGUUUUCCAAAUUUUGAGAAUUGUUUGGUUUAGUCUUAAUUGCAAAAUUAAACUGGUGAAUGUUCCUAUUUCCAGUUUUAUAUUCAGUUAAUUAAUUGGAACUGUUAUAAUUUAAAUUAAGACUCAGUCAUUUAAAAAUGAUGCUUUUAAAUGUUACUUAUAAAUGAGGCACAUGUAAUAAUAUUUAACUACAAGUUAUGUUUCAAAUACAAAAUUCAGCUUUAUUGUAAUGAAAGUCAAUGGAAAGACAUUGGUGCUAAAUUUUAAAUGUUGUUAACUUUUGCAAUUUGCCAUGUACAUGUAUAUGUAUUUCAAAACAUUCCUGUAGAUGUAUUGUUGCUCAGAUUUUUGCAUACACAGUAAGCUUCAGAUAUUUAGCAUGUUUUCUUUAUAGGAUGAUAUGAUGUCAUUUUUUACAUUGUUUUCAUCAAAGCCCAUGAUUGCAAAACCAAUACUAUCUGGGUUAGUGUACAGAAAUAUUUGCCAAAUGAUUUUGACCAUUGUUCUGUAGAUGUGAAAAUUUUCAUAUGUUAUUCAUUGGCCAAAUCGACGUAGUAGGCUUACAGUGUUUUUCUCACUCCAGAAUUCUUGCAGGUUUCAGUAUAUUGAUAUGAUUUAUAAUAAUAGAUGGUUUACAUACAAAGCAAAAUGUUCCACCUAACUUGGUAUGUAGUUACCGUAAGUAAGCCCCAUUUGUAAAUUUUCACGUUUACGGUAUCUGUUUAUCCUUUAUUGUGAGACUUUGUUUUACAUUCACCAAAUAUCUGUGUAUUUCAGUAUUUUCAUUUUAUCCUAUGCAUACCGGUAAUUUCAAGGGACACAACUUAUGUUUUACACAACUUAUGUUUGAUAUAUUAUAAAAGUUUUUUUUUUCAAUCCUACAAAUUUAAAUGUCAGGAGAAAUUUCUUUUUGGACACAUUCAUUUUACAGAUUUCUUUUUUUAAUCACACAUAUUAUGGUCCUCAAGAUAAUGUUGAAGUUUCAUAUAAAUAAUUAAACUUCACCAAUUCUGAUCCUUCAUAUAAAAAAAUCAUAACAGAUUGGUCAUCAAUUCUUUUCUUCAACUCAAACUGACCAGUGCAGUAUUAUGAGUUAUUACAAUUCUAUACUCUAACAUACAAAAAUGUCUCCCUCCUAUUAAAAAGCAUUCCAUGUCAAACUUUUUACUUAAGUUCUGUGUUCUAUACUUGUUGGUCUUUGUGCUUUGAUGUAUCAUGCUGUUAUUUUAUGAACAUUUUAUAAGUAUAAUUUGUUGCAUAUAAAUAUAUAUAUAUGUAUGUAUAUUUGAAUAUUUUCUCUUUAAUCAGUGACAAUGAAAUCCAUUAUGUUGAAUUAUUAUGAGACACAUUGUUCUCAAGUGGGGUGAAUGUCUAAAAUGUUUCUAUACUAGUUAUAAUCAUGUCAUAUUUUUCAUUAGACAGUUCUUAAUCCUUAUGCCUGUAGAGCAUUGUGAUUAGUAAAGAAUGAGGUCAAAUUUCCUCUUUGUAUGGCCUACCUGCUCUCUGGGUGAGCAGUCGGUGUCACAGUCAAUUUUAGUCUUGAAAGUUUCAUAUUUAAUAAGUCUGUUAAGCCAUUGUUUUUUUCAAUAUCAACUUCUACUGGAUUUUCUUUACAUUGUUCUUAUAUUGGUUUAUUCUACAAUAUAAACUAUAAUCUAUAAUCAACUUUAUAACAACACUGAGUAUUUUUCUUACUUACACUUUGUAUUAAUGGUUUUAAAAGUUUUUUGGGGUCAUAUUUAACUAUGACUUUAGUGGGGCAGUAUUUUGAAUCUUCAUAUAACUUUUUAUUCAAUUAUGCAUGAAGAUGGCAUACAAUUUUUUUUCUUCAAACUUUUAUAUAUAUUUGAGGCUUUUUUUUGCAUAAUUAUACUGGACAAUUAACUGCUGUAAUUGGUUUAGUUAUAAUUAAAAGGUUUGCUUUAUUUUGUUUAAAUGUACCACUUUACAUUUUGUAGAAAAAGUAUUAAUUUAUCAAUCUAACUCUGACAAGUGGAAUAUUACAUUGUUCCUCUAAUACAGAAUUAUAGCCACUGUGCAGUGUAAAUUCCAAUACUUUAAGGCUGUGAAGAGUUUCAUUCAUUUCAGAUUCUGUUUCACAUUUGGUAUAAAAUAAAAUGGUGGUGUAUGAAUAGAAGUGAGGGCUGGUCACCAGCUAAGUGUGCCUUAAUAAACAAACAAAACUUAACAA